GGACGUUGCAAAGCAUUGUGGGAACUGUCAUGGUGGCUCGCGUGCGCUGCAAAAAACAAUUCGGCGUCUCUCUGACUUUGUUUGGGUUUUUACUUCAAAUAAUCGACUAGUUUCAGAAUUUUUGGGUUGCCAAAAUGGCUUCGACGGCAGCUGGGAAACAGCGAAUACCGAAGGUGGCGAAGGUGAAGAAUAAAGCCCCGGCGGAGGUGCAGAUCACCGCCGAGCAGCUUCUCAGGGAAGCCAAAGAACGAGAACUUGAACUUCUGCCGCCGCCACCUAAACAAAAGAUCACCGACAAGGAAGAACUGAACGACUACAAGCUGAGGAAGAGGAAGGCAUUUGAGGACAACAUCCGAAAGAACCGCACCGUAAUCAGUAACUGGAUUAAAUACGCGCAAUGGGAGGAAAGCCUGACAGAGAUCCAGAGGGCUCGGUCCAUUUACGAGCGUGCGCUGGACGUGGACCACCGAAACGUGACCCUGUGGCUGAAAUACGCCGAAAUGGAGAUGAAGAGUCGGCAGGUGAACCACGCCCGCAACAUCUGGGACAGAGCCAUCACCAUCCUGCCCCGUGUCAACCAGUUCUGGUACAAGUACACGUACAUGGAGGAGAUGCUGGGAAAUGUGGCGGGCUGCAGACAGGCGUUUGAGCGCUGGAUGGAGUGGGAGCCCGAAGAGCAGGCCUGGCAUUCUUACAUCAACUUUGAGCUACGCUACAAGGAGGUGGACAAAGCUCGCAGCAUCUACGAGCGAUUCGUCAUGGUCCACCCCGAGGUGAAGAACUGGAUCAAGUACGCUCGUUUCGAGGAGAAGCACGGCUACAUCGCUCACAGCAGGAAGGUGUACGAGCGUGCCGUGGAGUUCUUUGGGGAGGAGCACGUGGACGAGUACCUCUUUGUUGCCUUCGCCAGGUUUGAGGAGAUUCAGAAGGAGUUUGAGCGCGUGCGUGUGAUCUACAAGUACGCUUUGGACAGGAUCCCCAAGCAGCAUGCCCAGGAACUCUUCAAAAACUACACCAUGUUUGAGAAAAAAUUUGGAGACCGACGGGGCAUCGAGGACGUCAUCGUCAGCAAAAGAAGGUUCCAGUAUGAGGAGGAGGUCAAGGCCAACCCACACAACUAUGAUGCCUGGUUCGAUUAUCUCCGGCUGGUGGAGAGCGAUGCCGAUCCCGACACGGUGCGAGAGGUGUACGAGCGCGCCAUCGCCAACGUCCCGCCCAUCCAAGAAAAGCGCCACUGGAGACGCUACAUCUACUUGUGGAUCAACUACGCCCUCUACGAAGAACUGGAGGUCAUGGACGUGGACAGUACAAGGCAGGUGUAUCAGGCCUGUCUGGAUCUGAUCCCUCACAAAAAGUUCACCUUUGCGAAGAUCUGGCUUCUAUACGGUCAGUUUGAGAUCAGACAGAAGAACCUGCAGGGCACCAGAAAGGUCAUGGGCACGGCGAUCGGGAAAUGUCCCAAGAACAAACUCUUGAAGGGCUACAUCGAGCUGGAGCUUCAGCUGCGCGAGUUUGACCGCUGCCGGAAGCUCUACGAAAAAUACCUGGAGUUCUCGCCGGAGAACUGCACUACCUGGAUCAAGUUUGCAGAGCUGGAGACCAUCCUGGGCGAUGUGGACCGGGCCCGCGCCAUCUUUGAGCUCGCCAUCGGACAGCCGCGACUGGACAUGCCCGAGGUUCUGUGGAAAUCCUACAUCGACUUUGAGAUUGAGCAGGAGGAGUUCGGGAACACGAGGAACCUUUACAAAAGACUACUGCAGCGUACCCAGCACGUCAAGGUUUGGAUUAGCUACGCCAAGUUCGAGUUGUCGCUGGAAGGCAGCGAGCGGCUGCCGAAGUGCCGCCAGAUCUUUGAGGAGGCCAACAAGAGCCUGAGGAGUUGUGAGGAGAAGGAGGAGCGACUCAUGCUGCUCGAGUCAUGGAAGGACUUUGAGGCUGAGUUUGGCUCAGACAGCAGCAGGGAACAGGUCCGGGAGCUGUUGCCCGAGAAGGUCAAAAAGAGGAGGAAGCUCACGGCCGAGGACGGGUCGGACGCGGGCUGGGAGGAGUACUACGACUACAUUUUCCCCGAGGACGCCGCCAACCAACCCAACCUCAAGCUGCUCGCCAUGGCCAAGGUGUGGAAGAAGCAGCAGCAGCCAGCCAACGAGGACGACCGGAACCUUCCGGAAAAAGCUCAGAGGAAUGAGGAGACAUCCGCCGCCGCUUCCAAAGACGUGCUGGAACACUCUGAGGGAAGCAAAGUUACCGAAGAAGACAAGGUGUGUGACGACAGAGAUGACAGUAGGAGGAGUGAGGAAGAAGACGGAGAGAAGGAGGAUGUUAGCGAAAAGAAGAACAAAAGCGAUGAGGAUCAAGAUUAAGAUUUUUUUGUCUGUCUUUAUGUGAUGACCAACAUUUUUUUUUUAAUACGAAUGUUUAUUGAGCAUGUACAGCAAUUAAAGACGAUUUGUAGCUUUCA